UCAUUUUACGUUCGUUCUGUUGCGCAUCAAUUGUGUUGUUCGAUUAACUAAUUUGCAAUGGCUCCGCCCAAGAGUGUUGGUAAAGCUGUCAAGAAAGCCGGUAAGGCCCAAAAGAACAUCAAGAAGGAUGAUAGCAAGAAAAAGCACAGGAAAAGGAAAGAAUCCUAUGCCAUCUACAUCUACAAAGUCUUGAAACAAGUCCAUCCCGAUACCGGUGUCAGCUCGAAGGCCAUGAGCAUCAUGAACAGCUUCGUCAACGAUAUCUUCGAAAGAAUCGCUGCUGAAGCCAGUCGUUUGGCUCAGUAUAACAAGAGAUCCACCAUCACCAGUCGGGAAGUGCAAACGGCUGUUCGUCUUUUACUCCCCGGUGAAUUGGCGAAACACGCUGUUUCCGAAGGCACCAAGGCUGUAACCAAAUAUACCAGCUCGAAGUAAUUUUGUUUUGGAGAUGCGAAGCGAAUAAUAAAACGGCCCUUUUCAGGGCCACCAAA